AUGCCUUGUCUCGUGGCGCCGCCACAGCUCCCCAGCGGCGUCGCGCUGGCGUACGUGGAACCUCGGUACCUGGUGACGGGGGAGCUGACCCCGCAGUGCGACGUGCAUGCGCUGGGCGUGGUCCUCCUCCGCCUGGUCACGGGCAUGCCGGCGUUCGCGGCGAAGAAGGCGGCGCAGAAGGCCGCCGACGGGAGCACACCCUGGCACGAGGUGGUGGACGCGAGUGCCGGAGGGUGGCCGAUGGAGCGCGCCACGGAGGUCGCGCUCCUCGGGCUGAAAUGCUGCGACGCGGUCGAAACCAGAGGACCACGUCGCCGGGCCGAGCUUCUGGAUGAGGCGCUGAGCGUGCUGGAGGCCGCGACGGAUGCCACGCCGGGGAGGACGUGGUCGUCGCUCUCGGCGUCGACGGCGUCCGACAGCGGCGGCGCUCCGUCCUACUUCCUCUGCCCGAUACUCAAGGAGGUGAUGAUGGAUCCGCAGAUCGCCGGCGACGGGUUUACCUACGAGGCGGAGGCGCUGAAGGAGUGGCUCGGGAGCGGACACGACACGUCGCCGAUGACCAACCUCAAGCUUCCCACCGAUGAGCUGAUGCCCAACCACACACUCCGCGCCGCCAUACAAGAGUGGCGACACACGAGGCCUAGCACCUUCCAUCGGUACCAAUAA